AUGAGUGGGCCACACCAGCAAUUAUCAACUGUGGGAAAUGAACAGUUUUUUGUAUGGUUGCACCAAAUUUCGUUCCUGGUGACCGGUGUCUGUUCGACCUUGGGUGUGCAAUACUUAUUCUAUACAGGCGCGGCAAGUGGAUCAAGCUUUUUCACUCAACUCACUGGUUGUGUUGGGAGUAUGCUGGCUGGACUAGUCAUUCCGAAAUUAUCAUCUGCACGACCGACAGCCAAAGUGGCGGCGGUGUCGUCGUCGUCACAUACGACAACAACAGCAUCAUCAUCUCCACCAUCCGCAGUAGCAAUAGAGAAGGGACACGAGGACCAUGAUUCAGCGGGUGAUGGCGCAAUUGAGCAUUUCGCAGUUGCUCGACUUGCCACGAUCGAUAUGAUCGCUAGUGCAUUUGUGACAGUUGGAUUUUCACUUAUCGGCAUACUAUCAAUCAACCAAUGGAUUGCAAUUGUCGGAACGAGCAUCGGAUUGACAUUCUGUGCGAUGGAUAGCAUGACUCGGCCACGUAUCAAUAGUACAACAACAACAGCAGCACAACAAGAAGCCGAUAGUAGCCUUGCAUUUGGCACUGCCUUGACAGUCGGUGGCACUUUUCUGUACGCGUGUGUAUAUGUCUACGGCGACCAUAUAUUAUCCAGACAAAACCCAGCGCCAGCGCCGAUCCGUCUUUGCUUUUAUAAUGGCCUGUAUACAUCUCUGAUCACCUUGAUCUACAUUGCUUUAUAUACUAUGCCACGACUCGAUCAGCUUAUCCAUAUGGAUCCAAUUGUGUCAUAUCAGAACGUUGGUGCCAUGUACGCGUUUGUCACCAUUGUAAACGCGACCCAUGCUUGGAACUAUUACACUCUACUUGAGUCAACGGGCAGUGUAAGUUUCAUACCCUGA